AUGGGGAGUAGGGCAUCCUCAAGCACCUCAGGCAAGCUCCAAUUCGUUGGCAUCAACGAGUCAGGACCGGAAUUUGGUGAAGGCAAUAUUCCCGGUAAACUUGGAACCGACUACACAUGGCCCGAUCUCUCCACAAUCAGCACGUUCGUCGGCAAGGGCAUGAACACCUUCCGCGUGAACUUUUUGAUGGAGCGUCUGAUACCCAACCAGAUGACUGGCUCUCUGGAUGCCGCAUACCUCAGUAACCUGACUGAGACUGUCAACGGUAUUACCAAGCUCGGCGCCUAUGCCAUCAUCGUUCCUCACAAUUAUGGUCGCUAUAACGGCGAGAUCAUCACUUCUGCUGAAGACUUUGGCACUUUCUGGAAGACGGUUGCGAACGAGUUCAAGACCAACGACAAGGUCAUAUUUGAUACCAACAACGAGUUCCAUGACAUGUCUACUUCCCUCGUAGCCGAUCUUAAUCAAGCCGCUAUCGAUGCCAUUCGUUCCACUGGUGCUACCUCGCAAUAUGUUACCGUAGAGGGCAAUGCCUACACCGGUGCUUGGACAUGGACGACUAGCCAGGGUACUGAUGGAAAGACCAAUGGCGAGACAAUGGGUGUCCUGACAGAUAGUGUCGAUGGCAAGCUCAUCUACCAGAUGCACCAGUAUCUUGACUCUGAUGGCUCCGGUACCUCCUCGACCUGCGUCUCCCAAACCAUUGGUAGUGAGAGACUCAAGGCUGCAACGACUUGGCUCCGUGACAAUAAAAAGAUCGGAUUGGUCGGCGAGUUCGCUGGCGCUGUCAACUCCGAUUGUGAAGCUGCGGUCAAGGAUCUGCUCGCAUUCGUGGCUGAGAACUCUGAUGUUUGGGCAGGUGCCCUCUGGUGGGCUGCUGGUCCAUGGUGGGACGACUACAUGUUUUCGGUCGAGCCCAAGGAUGGUGUGGCGUAUAGCACAUAUGCUGAUCUCGUUGCUUCAUACGCGUAG